UUUAAAAAUUCCAAUCGAAAUUGAAUCAAAUUUUCAAUCAUCGAUUGAAAUUCCAAACGAAUUAAAUUUAAACAAAAUGAUUAUAAAAGGUUUUCAACAACAAAAAUAUCGUCAAGAAGAAGAUUUGCCGAAAUUAUUCUUGGAAGUGAAUGAUUAUGAAAUUUCUGGUUAUGCUGGUUAUACAAAAACAAUAACAUUGGAUAAUUUAAAAUUUCAUUUAAAUUUACGUUGGGAAUUGGAACGGAAUUUUAUAUUGAAUUUUGUUCAAAAACCGGAAAUAUUUUUAAAAUUCUUUACCGGUUGUAUAUUAGCACUUGGUACAUAUUUUUAUACAUUUUAUUCCAAUCUUUAUGCAGGAUUAUUAUUGCAAGAAUCUACACAAAAACAAGCACUUAAAUGUUUUCCCGAAGUUGCUUUUAUGAUUGGAUCAACACAACGAUCGAAAUUAAGUUCAGAAUUUUUGAUCAUUUUUCGACAAUUUCAAACAAACAUGAUAGAACAACAACAACAAUGCAAUCAAGAAACUUGUUCAAUGGUUUACAAUUUAAUCAAUGCAGUAUUAAUUCUUUUGGAUAAUGUUAAUUUGAUUGAAAUUGAAUUAUUUCGUUGUCUUUUAAUCGAACCAUUUAAUCAUAUCAUACGGUUUAAUUGUGAUCCAAUGAUUGUUUGUAGUCGUAAUUUUCGUCUACAUAAAUUAUUGAUUGGACGUCUGUAUAAAUUAUUGAAAAAUUCUGAUCAUCCAAUUUUACAGGAAAAAUGUUUCGAACAUAUAUUAUUGAAUUUAUUAUUCGAUACAACCGAAUUCAAACUUGAACAAAUGCAAAAAGAAUCGAUAAUGUUAUUCGCUCGUUAUUGUAAAGUGAAAAAUAUUUUCAUCGAUAAUGAUGGUAAUGCUGAAGAAGAUGAUAAUAAAAUUAAAGAAAAAACCUCGGUUAAUCGUUCGGAUGAAGGUGAUAUUCAUCAAAAUAAACAUCAUUACCAGCAGAAACAUAAAUUAAGAAAAUAUUCGAAUGAAAAAUUAUUGCCAAACACACAACAACAAGAUGGCAGCAGCAGCAGCAAUGAUGUCAAAAUUGAAAAAUUUCGUGAUCUGCUUUUUAAAUAUUGGCCCGAAACAUUUGAACAAAAUCAACAACAAUUGGAUAGAGUUUUAUCCGAUUUGAUUAGUCCAUUAGUUGAAUAUGGAUUUCCCAUUAUUAGUUAGUUAGUUGAUUGACCUUUUUUUUGAAGAAAAAAUAUUUUCAAUUAAAAUAAAAUAAGUUCAGCAAUGAAAUUG